GGGAGUGGAGAACAACCAUAAGGGGGUCUAGAGGAAGAAUGUUCUAGAAAGAGGGAACAGCCAGAGGCCCUGAGGCAGCACAUGAAGAGAGUGGAGUGGGGUGAGCAAGGACAGAAGAGGUGAUGGGGCCAGGUCGGUGGGGCCUUGCCGGCCACUGGAAGGACCUAGACCUUAAGCCACUGGAGCAAGGAGAGUGACAGGAUCUAACUUUUGCUGUAAAAGUGUCCGUGGCUGCUGAGGAGAGUUCCUGUAAGGACGGCGGGAGGUGAGCAGGGAGACCAGCUGGAAGGUGACGGCAAGAGCCCAGUGCAAUGGAGCCUCCUCAGGGCCCAAGGAAGCCUCUGUCUGGGAGGAGAGCCAGGUCUUUGGACAGGUUGCAGGACCCCAGGAGGGAUUCAGAGCCGGGGGACUGCCAGUGCCUUUCCAUGCCCACCUCCCGCUGCAGGAGGAUGCUUCGCCGAACGGCCAGCGAUGGGACUAGAUGCGCCAAGAGUCUGGCUCAGUCUUCGGAGGCUCAGGGCCCCACGGCCACAGCCCUCAGCCCCGAGGAGACCCGGGAAUUUCUCCCCAGUGAGCCAAGGCCUCCACAGGACACCAAGAAGGACAAGGCCCAGUGGCGGACCCAGCAGGGAUGGCUGAGAACCAUGAUGAACUUCUUCUUUGGGACAGGCCAUGAGGAGUCCAAGGAAAAGGCCAGCAAGAGGGCCAAGGGGAAGGAGGGCCCCCCUGAGCCUGCAGAAACCCCCGAGACACCGGGGGAGCCAGCUCCCAGGAAGAAAGCCCACCACAAGAAGGCCAGCCGCAAGAAGCACAGUCAUAAGAAACACAGUGCUGAAGAAGUCAAGGGGGCCGAAGGCCAAGAGGCCAAGGCGGCCGCUGCCUCCUGUUGUGGGAAGGCUGACCUGGGCCCAGGAGCUGGGGAAGGGGACAUUUCUGAUCUCCAUUGCUUCUUGCUCUUCGAAGGCAGGAGUGCUGGAGUCCAGGGGAUUUCUUCCCAAGCCACAGGUCACCAGCGGGAAGAGGAGCUCCAGAAGCCUGACAAGGAUACCAUCAUCCAGAAGAUAGUGGAAUUGCUCCAGAAAGUGGGAGACCAGUGGGAGGAAGAGCAGCGUCAGGCCUCCCAGCCAGAGGUGGCUCCACAUCCCCCAGCACCAGUCGUCGGGAGGAAAUCCCAAGAGAGAAAGUCCAGUGUUACGAGAGCCUUUUCUCAUAAGAAACACAGCCGGGAGGAGCCCAAGAGAACAGUGGCUGCAGAGGUUUCCAGCCCAGAAUCCCGGCGACCCAAGAGGCCCAGCUUUCUGCCCCUGUGUGUUGGUAGCCAUCGGCCCUCCAACUCCAGCAGCCUCGGCAUGGAAGCACCUGAAGUCCCAGUGGCUCCGUCAACAGCCGAUGGCGACCCCAGUCCCCUGGAGCUUUCCACCCCUGCAGGAAGUCGGGGACCUGAAGAGGACCUGCAGCUGGACAGAGCCUCAGAAUUCAAGGAAUUUAUCCAGAAGAUCAUUGCUCUACUCCAAGAUGCGGAGGAGCAGGUGGCAGACAAGCAAGUCCAGGAGCCAGAAGUGGCUGUAGAAAACCUGGCCACAGCCUGCAGGAAGAAAUGCCAAGAGAAAAAGUCCAGCUUCAGAAAAGCCUUUUCUCAUAAGAAACACAGCUUCAAGGAGACCAAGAGAACAGGGGCUGCAGGUGCUGCCAGCCCGGAGUCCCGGCCGCCCAAGAGGCCCAGCUUUCUGCCCCUGUGUGUUGGCGGCCAUCGGUCCUCCACGUGCAGCAACCCUGAUCUGGAGGAUCUUGAGUUCCAGGAGUUCUCACCUGCAGAAGGGAGCCCAGGUGGGUGCUCAGAAGCACCUUUCCAGGCCAGAAGCCACAAACCAGAAGUGGGGCUUCAGCCAGAAGGAGCCGAUGAAUCAAAGGAGCUGAACAUCCAGAAGCUGGUGGCCCUUCUCCAAGAAGCUGAUGGCCAGUUGGGGGAGCAGAUCAGACGAUACCCCAGCUUUAAGAGGUUUUUUUACAGGCUCUCAGACUCUUCCCUCAGAAAGCUGGUAGCCACCCUGCACUGCCAGGAGGCCCACUCCGCUGAGCCUGACAGGAACCUUGCCGAGGGAUCCUACCCAUUUGUCUUCGACUUGGCUAACAAACCUGCUGGCAACAAUUACCAGGCUGUCCUCAGCCUCGUGGGCCUGCGCUACAGGCAACCCAGCUACGGCCAGUUCCCGUACAGAGAGGCGCAGCCGAACAUCACAAGUCCUCAGAGCCAGAGUCCAGACUGAAAGCUGUGCUUUGCACUCAAGUUCCCUUAAACUAUCGGAACAUCGGCAGCUUUAGCCAGGAAACCCUGAAGAUGCUCCAUGAUGUCCCAGUUCAGUGCCUCACCAACAUAACGGUGUCCACCAGCAUGGGCUUAUUGAGACAGCGAAUGCACAAGACGUCUUCCAUAAAGCUGGAGGCAGAGGCCAUGGCGGGGAAAGAGCACCGGACUGGGAGUUAGGAGACCAGGACUCCACUUGCCGAUCUGCCCCAAACUUGCCGCUACACCCUGUACAUGUCCCAGGUCCCCUCUCCUUUCCAGACCUUGGAUUCUGGGCUGGACUAGUGACCGAUCAGAUCCUUUCUGGCUCUGUUAUGCUGACAUAUCUCUUUAGAGGCAGUAAGUGCCCUCACUCUAUGGCUAAAUACAUCCACCCUAUGAGCUGGAGGCAGUCUUUAAGUACUGACCAAAUGAAUGAAUGGAUGGAUGAAUGAGUGAAUGAAUGAAUGAAUGAUUGAAUGAAAGAAUGAAUGAAUGAGGGGGGCUCCCGAGAUCCAGGCAAUUCUGCCAGCCAUUCCCUUGGAGAGCUUGGUCUCCAACUGGAAUUGUGCAACCAGUUGUUCCAGCUCUAAAUUGGGAGUCAGGGAAGAAAUGGGGGAGCUACCUCAACAGGCAUUGGUCCAAAACACUGAACAGGAGUCAAGGCUUUUGCAUUCUUGGGCUAACCCUAGUGUCUACUGCUGACUUCUGUGCCCCCCCCCCCUUUAAUCAUGUCUUUUCUUGAUCCACCAGGGCUAAAAACAUGCCCACAUCAUGUAAAAGGCCUGCCCAUACUUUUACAGAUGCUAGCUUUAAAUGUCUUCAUUUUAAAAAUAGUUUUUUUUUUAAAUCUCUCACCAGAACAUUCACAUGCACGUAACAGAUGUGCAUCUGUGUGUAACACAUAAUUUAUUCAGUUGACCAAUAGUGCUUAAUACCAUAUGGAUUUGUAAACCCUCCCAGGAUCUCUGCAGUCUCCAGAUAUGGAAGACCUAUAGACUGGGGACAACUGGUCUCUCAGAACCCUUCCAACCUUUUAUCCUAUAAUUCUAUGACCAGAGAAAUGAAGCUGAUGCCUUGCAUCUCUCCCACCUCAUAGGAGUUUGCCAGAAGCCAGUAAGAAGAACGUGAAGAGUUCUGAAACCACAUAGUUCUGUGUCUACAUAUGUUGUUAUUCUUAUUAUAGCUACAGUCUCAGUAGUUUUCAGGAAAUGGGGAAGGGCUUUGAGCUGGAUUGCCAUGGACGGUUGCGUGAGUGUGCACUGCUCAAGACCACCAUACCCCAGGAAGUGCUCUUCACUUCCAAGAUAUUCUGGAUUGAAAGAUUUAUGAUGAUGAUUUUCUAGCAGAGGGCAGUAAAGUGUCUUGAGAAAGGGGCUCCUUUUUUGUUUUAUGCACAAGGGUGAGGUUUUGUCUUCUACACGACUGAAGAGUUCCAGCAGCUUGGCUCAGGUGGACAACUUGCCAUGUAUCCAUUAUCCGCAUGUAGGCCUGACAGGGCUAAGAACAUAGCCCUUGGACUCUGCCUGGCGCAUGUGACCAAAGGGGAGAGGGUGUUAACACCUGGAUGGCAAGUUCAUUAUUGUAACCCUUGGUGGACACUGUUUUGCUGUGUUGAACUUGUGGUGAGCACCAUGGGAUGUGGCUGGGGGGUGGGAGGGAAGCCAAGGGCAGAGAGUCCCUAGGCACUUAGAUCGGACUGGCCUCAUACAUGAGGCAAAGUUUUAGAUUUUGAACAUAAUUUAGUGUUAUUUCUGCUUCUAAGAAGUAGGGGAGAGGGGAGCUAUUUAUGGAUUUAUUUUAAGCAGUGUUCAGAAACACUUCACGCCAAAAUGUGAAGGGUCAGAAUCAUGAGGGUCAGGAACCUUCUGUACAUAGCUUACUUGGAAUGAUGUUCUUCAAUUGUAUGAGUAUUUGGUAUGAGUUCCCGAUGCUGGCAUCUGAAUAUUGUUUUUGUACUGUGUUAUUUGAGCAAAUAAACUCGCCUUGGAUUAUUCA